CCUCUCCACAUAUCCAUAUCUUUUUCCUACGUACAGAUUUCAUUUAUUCAAAAGAUAUCAUUUACUUACGUUUUUGGUAAAGGUUAGGUUCGACCGGGAAGUCAACAGCUUCCUUUUCUCAUUACUGACAUUGUGCAUCGUUUAUUGGAGCGAGAUGGCUUCAGCAGCAGAGCUGUCACUUAUAGUCCAGCGUCUGGAAACAGUUGCUAGCAAACUCGAAUCCACUGUGCUUGGUGCCCAAGGUUCCACCACCAUCAUGCCAGAGGAAGCCCUGACUCCGUCCGUUUUGGUUUUUGAUGAAAUCGUUGCUGGCCCGGUCGCCGCCUAUCUGAAAUGCUCCAAAGUUAUCGGCGGAGACGUGACUCAACAUGCAGACAUGGUGCAACAAGGAUUCAAGGACCAACGUCACUUUUUGGUUGUAGCUUCUCGCUCCAAAAAGCCUUCUGAUGCUGAUUUGAUGAAAUUAUUGGCACCCACCUCCGAAGCCAUCCAGGGAAUCCAGUCUUUUAGAGAGAAGAAUCGCACAUCGCCAUUGUUCAACCAUUUGAGCGCCAUCAGUGAAAGCAUCCCUGCAUUGGGAUGGGUCACCGUAGCGCCUGCCCCUGGACCAUACAUCAAGGAAAUGAACGACGCUGGCCAAUUCUACACCAAUCGUGUAUUGAAAGAUUGGAAAGAUAAGGAUAAGAAUCACGUGGAUUGGGUCCGAGCUUGGAUCCAGGUGUUGACGGAUUUACAAGCUUUCGUCAAGCAACACCAUACUACUGGUCUGGUCUGGAACGCAAAAGGCGGUGACGCUGUGCAGAACUCUAGCAAGACGGCUCCAACCUCUGCCGGAGCUGGUGGACCUCCUCCACCACCGGGACCUCCUCCUCCACCGAUGCCAGCUGGGGAUUUAUUUGCGGAAGAGCAAGGAAGUAACGGCGGCGAUGAACAGAGUCGCGCUCAACUCUUUGCCUCGUUGAACAAGGGAGAAGACGUGACGAAAGGGCUCAAGCGAGUUACUGCCGACAUGCAGACGCACAAGAAUCCCGCCCUUCGUAGUGGACCUGCACCAUUUAGUAAGCCCAAUGUUGCUCCUAAACCGCUGGCGUCUGCUGCUUCCUCGGCGCCGAAAGCUGUCGAACGACCACCGCGUAAGGAACUGGAGGGUAAAAAGUGGAUGAUUGAGUAUCAGAAAAAUCAAACCGGUUUGGUGAUUACCGAGACGGAAAUGCACCAAGUCGUUUACGUCUUCAAGUGUGAAGGGUCGACAAUCCAAGUCAAAGGUAAAGUCAAUUCGAUUGUCCUGGAUUCGUGCAAGAAGACGAGCAUCGUUCUUGACAGUGUCGUUUCAUCGGUCGAGUUUGUGAAUUGCCAGUCCGUGCAAAUGCAAGUGUUGACCAAAGUGCCAACUAUCAGUAUCGACAAAACGGACGGAUGUCAGAUUUAUCUGAACCAAGCAUCCCUGGACGUGUCUAUCGUUUCUGCCAAGUCAUCCGAAAUGAACGUUCUCGUUCCCAAGGCUGACGGCGACUAUGUGGAGUAUCCUAUUCCAGAGCAGUUCAAGACAACAUACAACGGCAAGGGUUUGACUACUGUCAUCAGCGAAAUUGCUUGAAUCAACGAAUUACGUGAGAUAUCAGAACAAUGAGAUAUUUGCUCGGGACUAUUUUUCCUGGCUUCAGUUUAUCUUUUCCCCUCCCUCCCACCCCAUAAAAACCUUCGAAAGAGCCUGUUAAAGGCCCCUAGUUCUUCCAUUCGUUGAAGUUAUCUCCCUCCACCCUAUUUUAAGUGAACAAAAACAAAGUACAUGCUUUUUGUCUGAUUUUCUAGCCAACAUCCCCACCUCCAUCUUAUCAACUUUGCUUCAGUCUAUAUUAAUUAUGCCCAGCACUUCUUAAGUUAUCGCAAAUAAACUUGUCUUUAAAGAA